CUCAGUCUCUCUCUCUCUCUCCACUCCACACACACGCAUUCUGUCAGAGGAAAAUCCAGCUAUAGCUCAAAGUGUUCGCUUUCCUUGGAAUGCUCAAGAUUCAUUUGCUUUUUUACCCCGUUUUUUCUUCCUUUUAUGUUUAUUUCUUUUAAACCUCAUAAUGCUUGGUAAGAUCUGCCAUCAAGACGUCUGAGAAAGUAUGUGAAGUGAUGAAGAAGAGCAGAAGUUCUUUCACAGAGAUGAAGCACCUGCCUAUGAUUCAUAUGAACGUAGGUAUUUAGACUAUGCAUCAUACGGCAAUGACAAAAUUUACAACAUUCAAGCUGUAGUACUUGAAGCCAAUAUUCUGGAGACAUGUCCGAUGGAGUGCCAGAAUGUGCAGCAUUCAUGGUCUCUAAGUAAACUCGUUGGGGAUAUCAUGAGUUAUAAAAGAGUGUGCUAUUGUCAUUACAAAUGCUAAACUACUCUCUGCUGGGAGGCAAACAGUCUGUGGAAUUAAAACAAGUUGGUAUGUAGACAUGACCACUGUGUCAGUGGAGUCCCUGGGGGUGAUGGUCGAUAAAGUGUCAAAUGUAACUGAGAUUCCUGUGGCAUCAUCUGCUGAAGAUGUGGCUGCAACCUUCACAAUCGGCACCAUCCUGUCCCUCAUGUGCCUUGUUGGCGUGUCAGGAAACAUCUACACCCUGGUGGUCAUGUGCCACUCAAUGCGCUCUGCUGCAUCUAUGUAUAUAUAUAUUGUCAAUUUGGCAAUGGCUGAUCUCCUCUACUUGCUCACCAUUCCCUUUGUGGUUUGCACCCAUUUUUUAAAGGGCUGGUACUUUGGUGAUGUGGGAUGCCGGACUCUCAUCAGUAUGGACUUUCUCACCAUGCAUGCAAGCAUUUUCACACUGACUGUCAUGAGCACAGAGCGCUAUUUCGCGGUUCUUAAGCCUUUGGAUACAGUCAAACGGUCCAAGAGUUACCGUAAGGCCAUUGCUAUUCUGGUGUGGACAGCUUCACUGAUUCUAACCCUUCCUAUGGUCAUUGAUGUAGAACUUAGAACAGAAAAUUCCAAAUCAAUGUGUCAGACUACACUAAGUCCCCUUUCUUACAAGAUCUAUAUCACCUCCCUUUUCUGCACCAGCAUUGUGGCACCAGGUGUCAUAAUUGGCUACCUCUACAUCUGCCUGGCUCGUGCUUACUGGAUUUCACAGACAGAAAACUUUAAGCAGACUCAGAAGCUGCCAAACCACAAAGUGCUAUAUCUUAUUUUUACAAUUGUACUUCUCUUUUGGGCCUGCUUCCUUCCCUUCUGGAUCUGGCAGCUACUGGGACAGUUCAAGCCAGAAAUGGCUCUUUCGAACAAGGCCAGGCGCAACAUCAACUACCUUACCACCUGCCUGACCUACAGCAACAGCUGUAUCAACCCGUUUCUCUACACUCUUCUGACCAAGAACUACAAGGAGUACCUUCGCAAAAGGCAAAGAACCUGGACGUCUGGGAACUAUUUCAACAGGAGAAACCGCUUCCAACGGUCCCCUCGCCGCUCCCUGUCAUCCAGCAGCCAGCAGUGCACAGAGAGCUUUGUGCUCACACAUGUAUCACGUACCAACAACAGCAGUCUGUAAGGGUAAGAGGAAGAGCCAGGAGCAUGCCAAGACAACAAGCAUCUCUGCCCUUGAUAGGAAGGAUGCAAAGAAGAAAGAAAAAGGAGCAAAACAGCCAAGAGGAGGAACAGAAGUUACUGCCUAAAAAUGUUAUCCCCAUUUCAUGCAUUUCUUAAUAAAUACUGAUAAUUAGUCAGGGUUGUCUGCUAAAUUCUGGUUUGAAGUGGAGAUUUAAUAUUGCUUUCUUUAAGUAAUUUAUUUCUAUGCUUUGUUUCCUUGAUGAUAGUUUUGUUGUAAUUGAUUUAGCAUUGCAUGGCAUAAGCUUAUAUUAGAGCUGACAAGUCAAGCAAAUAUAUUCUAUUAAUACUGACCCCACUCUGAAGAAUUUCACAGCAAGGGAAAUUCCAGCCAGGAGAAGUUGUCCAUCAUAUUCACCUCACUUAAAAUCAUCAAACUGAUAAAAGGUUCACUGUUUGAAUGCAAGAAACUAAUAAACCAUUUUUAACCCAUGCAAUAUAUAUAAUAGCUGCAGAUUGAUAUGCAGAAGAAUGCACCACUUUCUUCUUCUGCACUUUUCCCUGAUACCCGUGGUGCUGAGGCUGACAGCUGCUCAAUGCCUGUCCAGUGAGCUGACCUAAGAUUAUUGUUCUUCUGUGCACACACCUUAGCUGAAACUCUUCUGAGAGGACACAAUGAUGACUGCUUUUGUAAAACUUUAAAUAGAUGAAUCAGGGGCUCAGAUCAAGUCUGUGUAAUGACCCUUAGUCAACUAUUGACCUGCUAGAAAAAAAGAUUUAUUAUUACUGCACAGCAAAAAGACUCCUUUUCAACAUUUAUUUUAAACUGUAUUAAAAUAUGUGUUUAUACCACAAUUUCUGGUGUUCUGUUGUGUUGAAACACAAGGUAAAAUAUCAAGCAUGCACUUUGACAUAUUUGUAAAUGUUGUGAUUGGUGACAAACUGAUUGUUUACUCGAAAGCAAGUUGCUUACUAAUGUCACACAAGAUGGAAUAAUAAUAAUAAUAAUAAUAAUAAUAAUAAUAAUAAUAAAAGAUUCUACAAAAAAAGCCAAAUGCAUUUCCUAUUUCUCCUUAAUACAUGAAGCAACCUAAGAAAGGGAGAAAAGAAAUGAAUUCCUCUAAGCCUUACACAAAUUUCUUGUAUAGAAAAGCAGCCUAUUGAGCAAAAAAAAGAUUUCUCACUCCUAGAUAAAGUUCUCAGUGGGCUUCCGAAAUAUCUAGCACAUAUGAGGAUUAGUUCUUCACUCUUGUUAAAAAAAAAAAAAAAAAAAAAAAAGAUUUUGGUCUAGACUGCUUUGUGUUUUUAGGCUAAAGGGAAUCGGGUGUGCAAUGUAGGGAGAUUGUAAAUACUUUCUUUUCCAGUAUGACUUUCUUUAUGCAGAUCACAUGUUUAUUUUAUUUGUCUUUUUCUCUUUGUGUCUUUAAACUAAAUGACUUUUGUCUUUAUUUAAGAGAACCAAAGUGUUUAAUGAACAGAAUGAGUAUUCAAUAAAAACACAAUUUAAUCUCUA